GGCGUUCUCGAUCACUGUGGGGGGGAAAGUUGCGGUCCGCAUCUGCUCCCACGAUAAGACAUUCCACUCCCGCACAUCCCAGAUGUCCAAGUUCUUUAAGGACCGCAACUUUCCCCCCGACAGUGAUCGAGCCACAGCCACAUUAAGACUGGAAGUGUGAUUAUUUUAAACUUCUGGAAACUAGGCUCAACGCAGCUUUUCUGAAGAAGGGUCUAGGCCCGAAACUCAGCUUUCCUGCUCCUCGGAUGCUGCUUGGCGUGCUGUGUUCAUCCAGCUCUACACCACGUUAUCGCAACGCAGCUGCACGUGUUCCGGCAAUCACCUCUUUCAUCCCAACACAGCGGCGAAUAGAAGAAGCGGUUGACAAGGCACCCGCAUUUUUAUUAACCAGCGCCUAUGUACGGUGAUUACUGAGAAAUAGACCUGUCAGCCUUUCUCUGUGUAAAUGUCUACCUUGCUUUUCUUCCGGAAGUUUGUCUUCUGCCGGGCCCCUGCUCCUCUGGUACCGCCUCCGCCGGCCACGCAGUCAGACCAGGAUACGAUCGACGUGGAUCUCGAGCGGCUCGAGUCCGGGAGCGGGCACGGCAGGGUGGGAGAACCCGGACGGUAGAGGCGGAAGCGACGUUUGCAGAGAGGCUCGGUGGCUGUACGCCGUGUUUGAGCGGCCGCUCUCUCCCUCUGAAAAGCCAUGGGUCUGCUGGAACGUGUCCGGAAGCAGUGGUUCCUGAUAGUUAUAGGGCUGGCAAUCACCUUCGCUUAUCUGCAGCCUUCCGUGGGAAUGCAUGGAGGACCAUUGAGGCCAGAGUUUACUAUAACUUAUGUUGCUGUUUCAACAAUAUUUUUAAACAGUGGACUCUCACUAAAGACUGAGGAGCUGACUAGUGCUUUGAUGCAUGUGAAACUUCAUAUGUUUGUGCAGAUCUUCACACUUGGAUUUUUCCCAACUGCUGUAUGGUUUAUUCUUAAAUUAUUAGCUCUGACAUCAAUAAACCCAUGGCUUUUAAAAGGUUUGCAGACCGUUGGUUGCAUGCCUCCUCCUGUAUCAUCUGCUGUAAUCCUAACCAAAGCAGUUGGUGGAAAUGAGGCAGCUGCGAUUUUCAAUUCUGCUUUUGGAAGUUUUCUGGGAAUUGUUAUCACCCCACUAUUACUUCUGUUGUUUCUAGGAUCAUCUUCUUCGGUGCCAUUUACUUCAAUUUUCUCUCAGUUGUUUAUGACUGUAGUAAUCCCACUCAUUGUAGGACAGAUUUUACGAAGAUACAGCAAGGAUUGGCUUGAAAGGAAGCAGCCCCCAUUUGGAGUUAUCAGCAGUUGUGUGCUCCUUAUGAUCAUAUAUUCAACAUUUUGUGAUACUUUCUCCAAUCCAAAGAUUAACCUAGAUACCUUUAGUCUGAUAAUAAUUGUUCUUUUAAUAUUUUGCCUUCAGCUGAGUUUCAUGUUUCUAACUUUCAUCAUUUCUACAAGAAAAAAAUCAGGUUUCACAGCUGCAGACACAGUUGCCAUCAUUUUCUGUUCCACCCAUAAAUCACUGACUCUUGGAAUCCCGUUGUUGAAGAUAGUGUUUUCAGGGUAUGAACAUUUAUCCCUCAUCUCUGUUCCAUUACUCAUCUAUCAUCCCACCCAGAUCCUGCUCGGUGGCCUAUUAGUUGGAACAAUGAAGAGCUGGAUGAUCACUCGUCAAAAAGCUCUAAAACUCACAAGACAGACAAAGCUUCCUGUAUAACGUGAAUGGAAUAUUUAUUUUGUAUGAAUGUACAUAUACCAGGCAAUGAAAAGUAUAUAUAGAACCUCCAGAAAACCAUUCAAGUGAAGAUUUAUGUUUAAGAAUUUUGUGUUUGUAUCUGUCUUAUUUUGUGUAUGUUCAUGAUUAAGUGCCUUAAAUGUACAACUGACACUUUUAGGUUAAUUUUCCUUAUGCAAGAACUAUUUGUUGAAUAAGAGCAGAGGACUGCAGGGUAUUUGAGGUUCAUGUCUGAUUUUAUUUUGGUAACAAAACAUACUUGGUAAAUCAACACAUGGGAUAUUUUAAAGAUUGUGGCAUCUAGGUUUGUGAAAUGAUGUUUAGCUAUCAAAAAAAUCUUAAAGAAAUUCUUUUCAUGUUUCUGUCCUAUUUUUCUUUAAAUGAAAUAUUGCUAUUUUUCUCCCCUUAGGCUUUAUGUUUAAUGUUAUAUCAUUAGCUGGCCUCAUUUUGUGUGAAGUUCACAAAGCUUUUGCCUUUUAUCCCAUGAGGAUACCCCACGGUAUGACCAAGUGCUUUUGUGGUGGAUAAGGGGCAGAAAUUAAUGUUGGGGUCUGCUUCCAUUAAAACCACAUUGUUUGACGCUAAUCAAAUUGAGGAGUAGUGGAUAAGUUUGAAGUAAUUUGUUGCUGGAUUGAAGAUGGGCAAGACAAUUGAUAGAAGACCUCCAAUUAAAUUGUAUCAGUACACUUCAGCUAGUCAAAAUAUCAUAUUUAAAAAGACAAAGUAAAUUCCAAAUAAAUAUUAUUGUUGAACAGUUAUUGAAUGUGGCAAAUGCUAUAUUUUUCAUUCUAUGGUGUAACUCUCAGGAAAAUAUUUGCUGGAAGCUGUUCUUUGAAAUGUAUUUUAUAAUGGUAUAACUGAAUCUCAAAUUCAGUGAAUCAAAAUUAUGGUUUGAUGAGCUACAGUAAUUUGUAGCUGCAGCCUGCCCAAUAUCAAUCCGUUUGUUAUCAGUCAUCAGAAAUUACCCAAAAUUCUGCUCCAUAUUAUUUUACCAAAUUAGUAUCCAAUGAGGACCUGCAUCAUCUAUUCGUACAAACAUUUAUUUUGACACUGUUGUGCCAUCUGUAGUGCAGGUGAAGGUCAAUAAUGUGUCUAUUUUUAUAUAUUACGUAUGUAUAUAUGUAUACACAUGAAUUUAUAGUGUCUCAGACCAAAUUCAUGUGACCUUGAAUGACAUACUGUGAGAUUAAAAUAAACCCUUCAGUUACAUUACUACAUUGUAUCCUAAUAAAUUCAAUCACAAUUCCUUUGGAUAGUGUUGAGUUCAUUUAUUAAAUGCAAUAUAAGGAUUUUUUAAAAUAAUUCUACUAUAAAUUCUGGAGCAUGAUCCAUGAAAUGAUGGGACCAUUAGUAAAAUACAUUUAUUAAUAAAGCAUUGUAGAUAAAAUGCUUACAAUGCAUCAGGCUUUGCUCUUGUUUAAGUCACUAGUUAUGAGGUGCACACUCAUUGAACUUAUCUGUUUUCAUUCUAAUUAAUCAUUUCUUGAAUGUUGCUUUUUGCGUGUUUCUGAUCAAAAUAGCAACGAGUUGAAACAUGUGAGCCUUUUCAGAGUUUAUGUAUGUUUUGCAUGUUAUUGGUUAUGGGUUAUUAUAAUGAAUGUGUUUUAAUCUGAACAAAUGUUUAAAUGUAAAACAAAACUGCUGACACUGAAGAUCUGAAAUAAAAACAGAAAUUGUUGGAAAAACUCCAUAGAUCUGGCAGCAUCUGUGAGAGAAAACAGAGUUAACAUUUUGAGGCCACUGACACUGACCUGCUGAGUUUCUCCAGAAAUUUUUGCUCUUGUUUCAAAUGUAUAAAUGUAAAUUAUUGUUAGAAGCAGUUUACGUGUUCAUUUUACAAGCGUCUUGUUUGUAUUUUUGCAAGAUACAUCAAUAAAGAGCCAUAUAGCACACACGAGCAGGUUGA